GAAGCAGGCAGGACCAGGACAAGAUGAAGACAUGAUCCUGAAGAGAGGAGCUGACACUUAACGUUGGUUUUACAUACUAAUUUACACACACACACACACACACACACACACACACACACACACACACACACACACACACACACACACACACACAGUAAGACAGAUGUGUGGCAAGAAAGACAAAGAAGCAUCUCACUACAAGAGACAGAAGGUACAUCGACACAUCCAUCGUCCUUUCUCCUAUGGGAAGAUGUCUCCCGUCCUGCUGAUGGCCAUUUUGUCCAUGUUUCCUGAAUGUUUCGCUUCAAAAACAACAGACACUUCCCGCACUGAAAAUAUAUCAACAGAGUUGUUCCAAGAACCAGUGCCAGAGAGGUGCAUCGUGGAUUCUGUGGCCCUCAGCAACCAUUCGAUUCAGACCCCAAAGACUGUGUUCCAGCUUGUGAAUGCAACUUGCAGCUUCAUCCAGGCUUUCUAUUACUGCCAGAGCCACUUCACCUCCCUCACCAUUCAGGGUCAGGAUGAGGAUGAAAAGGGUAUGAGGGAGGUUCUGGCUAAGGUCCAGAUGCACCAUCCGGUCUGGGUCGAAAACAAAAACAAACUCAACCUUCCAUCCAUACAGAGUCGUUCCAAACAGAAUGUUGUCCUUUAUGGAUUGUCCUUCCCGAACAACUCUAAAGAUGGGUACGCCCGAUUGGAGGCCUCAUUCCCACCACUGUCUGCCGUGAGCGUAUGCAUACGUGCCCAGUUCAACCCACACAAUAAAGAAGUGUCCACUCUGUUCUCGUAUGCCGCACCAACCUUGACGAAUGAAUUCCAGCUCCGCGGAUGCUUAGACAAGGCCAAGCAGCAGGUCCUGUUGGCCCUCAUCAUCCAUGGAAAGCACCAGCCUUACAAAGCUUGGUUUCCCAACAAUGGUGACUGGCAUCAGAUUUGCGUUACUUGGCGGAGAAUUGAUGGACUUUGGAAUAUUUAUGUGGAUGGCAAAAAACGUGACUCAGCCUCGGACCGAGCCCUGUCCCGGGAUAUCUAUGGAAACGGGAUAUUUAUUCUGGGACAGGACCAGGACUCAUUUGGGGGGAAUUUCACUGAGCCAUUUUUUGGGAACAUGACGGAUCUAAACAUUUGGCCUUUAUGCCUGUCUGAGACACAGAUUUGGACACUUUUCACCUGUUCACCUGCCUCAAAUCCGAGGCCGUUUUUUAGAUGGCACAAGCACCGUUUGACUCUCCACACUGUUGUGAAGGAGAUCUCAGCGAGGGUGCAAUGCCCUGGUUUGCUGCCGCAGAAAGAGCAGGAUUUCUGUCAAGUUCUAAGUGACUUUAGUGAUGGUGGACCAAAAUACAGUGCUGUGCCUUGCACAACCACUCAUCCCUUCAUCUGCAAAAUCAAUAACGGCCGCUAUCAGAAGAAGAAACAGCUGGAGGAUUCACUGAUUUCACACCCAACCCCCUUCAUGCAAAACCUCAUGAAACAUGGCAUGAACACCAGCGAUAUCCUUGGUACGCCUGAUGCAAAUAAUACCUGGUCUGGAAUCUCUUGUCUGCUUAAUGUCUCUGAGUCUUACCUGCGGGAAUCCCAGGGCCAGCUGGAGGACAGGGAUCUUCCAUCUCUGCUUGGGAUGCUGUCUCGUGUUGCCGAGCUACCAACCACAGGCAACCAGAACCGUGCGAUGGCACACACACUCAGCCUCAGCGCCAUCGAUCUGGCAGAUAUGCUCAUGAGUGAGAAUAUCAUGGACAAAUGGGAGGCCGUCAAAGAGGUUAUUGGUGGACCAAUGGCUGUCGUGCAGACCAUCGACCACAUGUCAUCGAACCUCAGCCCGCUGCUCCUGGGGGGCACAGACCACGUGCAAAUCAACAGCAGCAAUAUCAGACUUCAGGUCAAACAGUUGAACAUGUCUGAGAGUUCUCCUGGACCAGAGUUCUGCGGUUUCAGCACAGCAGAUCCAGUGGCUCCGGACUGCAUCUCUAUUCCACCCCAGAGCAUGCAGGAGCUCCAGAAUAAGGGCUUUGGGAAAGUGACUCUGUUAAACGUGUGGUAUGGCUCCUUGAGGCCAGUUUUGAAUGAAAGCCAGAACAUCUCAGUCAUCCCCACCAGCACUGACUCUUCUUUCAAAUAUAAGAAGACAGUCCUGGGCUCGUCACUCAUUUCCUGUACAGUGAUAGCUGAUGGGAAGUUUGUCAGUAUAGGUGUGCAGUUUACACUCCACCAUCAGACUCAGAGCACGUCAGGGAUUGUUCAAAAGCCAAUUUGUGCCUUUUGGGAUUUCGAGCUCCAGGGACAGGGGGAUAAAGGAGGAUGGUCGACCGAUGGCUGUAAGGUCAUUUCCUCACAAGAUGAUAUGACUUCCUGUCACUGUAACCACACCACCAACUUUGCCUUGCUCCUGCAGAUUUACGAGGUUCAGCGCAGCCCAGAGGACGAGGCAGCGUUAGAGAUCCUGAGCUUCAUCGGCUGUGGAGUGUCUCUGUGUGGACUCAUCUUCACCUUCAUCCUCUUCGUUGCUGUCAGUGUCCCUAAAUCUGACCGCACCACAGUGCAUAAAAAUCUGAUCGUUGCUUUGGCUGCUGCUCAGUUUCUCCUCAUCUUCAGCAACUUGGCCUCUACUAACCAGGAGGUGUGUUUGUUGGUGACGGCGCUCCUGCACCUGUUCUUCCUGGCCUCAUUCUGCUGGAUGUUGGUUGAAGGUCUGCUGCUCUGGAGCAAAGUCGUCUCUGUGAACAUCAGCGAGGACAGAAGAAUGAAAUUCUACUAUGCCCUGGGCUGGGGUUUGCCAGUUGUCAUUGUCUCUGUAACCUUGUCAGUGUCGCUGAAAAAGUACAAGGCGGAGCAGCACUGCUGGCUUAACAUUGAGUCUGAUAUUAUUUGGACUUUUGUGGGCCCUGUACUGUUUGUUCUUACGGUCAACACUGUGGUCUUGUGCCGGGUCGUCAUGGUAACCAUCUCUAGUGCACGGCGCCGGGCCAAAAUGCUGGCACCAAGCUCCGCCUCCAAAUCAAAGCCCCUGGAUCUGACCUGGGCGGCUACGCGGCCUGUCUUGAUUCUGAUGCCAGUUUUGGGUUUGACGUGGCUGUGUGGGGUUCUGGUUCACCUGUCUGUGGUUUUGGCCUACCUCUUCAUUGCACUUAAUGCCUUCCAGGGUUUGUACAUAUUCCUAGUGUAUGCGGUUUAUAACAGUGAGGUGAAGAGCGCUAUAAAGAGAAUUCAGGAGAAGAGGAAAGCUCUGUCAUUUACUCCUGUAGCGACGGUGGUGAAGAAAAACUCCCUCAGACGACACGAGGAAGAAACCUCAAGAGGAACCAGAAGGGAACCCAUCCUCAUCUGGAAUUGCUCUCAGCCAGUCAGCUUCUUGCCGUCUCAGAGGACUCUUGGUGCAUCAUGGGUAGACAGCUUGCCCACCCCGUCCAGCCCGGAGAGCAGCAGCUCCAGUUACAUGACCAACUCCACCGCCAGCUCGCUUGUCAUUAAGAACGAAAGUUUCGGAAAUGACAAACUUGUAAGCUUCUCAUUAAAACCGACUGUGGAAAAUCCAGUCGUUCAGCUGAUGGCCUUCAAACCCUCAGGUAAUCUCAUAAACAAGCAUGUUGAAGACAAGACACUGGUGGACUACACAUGCUGCAGACACACACACACACACACACACACACACACACACACACACACACACACACACACACACACAGUGAAGCAGCUGGAGAAGAGCAGGCCUCUCCCACACUGCAGUCCCCCUCGUUCCCAGGGUUAAAACGAAACAGCACUCUGUGUGUGUGUGUGUGUGUGUGUGUGUGUGUGUGUGUGUGUGUGUGUGUGUGUGAUAAAACAGCAGACAGUGCUGAAGUUCAUCUGGGUUUCUCCACUUCACGCUUGACAGAAGUCACACUGCUGAACAGGAAGUGUAGUUAGUGUUAGGAGACGACACACAGCGAGUGGUGGCGUGCCGGAGCUCCAGACCAGACGGCUGCAGCUGUCAGUGAGACGCUUUCACCGGGACCGUACGGUAGCUGAGUAGGUUAAUGUAGAUACAGUGUACUGCUGAACCGUCAACACACACUGACGUACGACACGCUGACGUGUAACACACCUCAGUCCUGUGGGACGUGACCCUACUGACACCUGCUUACUCCAAGAGCAUGAAAUAGGAUUUAUUUGGAUUAGUGAGGUGCUGCUGGUGCACACAGUGUAGUUUAUAGAAAACAAAAUUCAUGUGGCUUUUUUUUUUUUUUUUGCAGUGUGAUCUGACGAAACAGAGGUGUGAUUAUUUUCAGUUCCAAAUCUGAUGGACAUACUGUAAAUCAUAUGUGGGGUUUAUUUCAUGUAAAAACACCAUGCAUUGCUUUGACAAUGAUGAAAAACACUGUAAAUAAAUCUGCUGUAAAACUUUAA